CCUCAGAAUAGCUGUUUUUUUCUCCUUGCACUUGACAUAGCAGUUCAGAGGGAGAAGAUGAACUCCGGCGCGACAUACACCAAUGACAGGUCUCCAAGUUCAAAGGUAUUCAUGGAUACAAUUCCAGGCACAGAGAACACUUAUGAGAGUCUACAUGCUAAUGUCUACACUUGCUUGGAUCGAACAGCACCCAGUAACAGGUCAACAGAAGCUAAGAGCUCUGCUGGAAGAGAGUAUCUGUACAGGAAGAUAUCACUGGUCUUUGUCUCUCUGUGGCUCAUCACUCUGAUCACACUCAUUGUUGGAAUGGUCCUCCACUAUGACCAGAGAUCAGCAAUACAGAGGGAGAUAGAGGUUCUGAAGAAUAGCCCUUCUAAACUAAUUGGAGGAACACCUAAGGUGGCAUUCGCAGCUUCUCUGGCGAACCAUUCUGAGACAAAGACUAUUGGGCCAUAUUCUGAGGCUGUCACAGUGGUCUACACACAUGUCAUCACUAAUGUUGGAGGUGCUUACAACCAAUCUACAGGCAUCUUCACAGUCCCGAUAAGGGGUGUCUAUUAUUUCAGUUUCACUGCGUUUGGAUGGAUUAACAACGCUGCCAUUGCAGUCUCUCUCUUUGUGAAUCAUGAAUUUUUCAUGAGUGCUUAUGAUAACAAUCCUGGACCUGGACGGGGAGCAACAAACACGAUCACACUGCAGCUGGAGAUAGGAGAUAUCAUCUACCUAAAGCUUCGGGCAGACAUGCAACUCCAUGACAAUGGAAAUUUGUACAAUACCUUCAAUGGCCACUUGCUUUUCCCUAUUUAAUUGAAAGGAAACAAUGUGAUAAUGUGAUAAAAUAACGACCAGUUAAACAAGACCCUACACAUGAUUAAUGCCCAAGUGCCCACACUCUAGGCCAGUGGUCUCCAACCCUGGUCCUGGAGAGCUACAGGGUCUGCUGGUUUUCAUAGUGACUCUGCACUUCAUGAAUCAAUUAGAGCAGUUGAUUACACAGUUAACCCAACUCGCCUGGUGUCUUGGGUCUCAAUUGGGUGCUGAUUUUAAGGUGAAAACAAAAACCAGCAGACCCUGUAGCUCUCCAGGACCAGGGUUUGGAGACCACUGAUCUAGGCACUGUGCUUUGUUUGAAAAACAUUUUCUGAACUACUCUUGUAAACAACCUAAUGCAUUUUAUAGUUCCGCACUUGAAGCUGUGCAGUUGUAAGCAAUUUUAAAUGUAAAGGCAAAAUAAAAUGUAAAGAAACA